CCGACAAAGUUUUAGGUUUGGACGGAAUUCCAAUCGGGGAUAAAGGGCAUUUCAGGUAUAACAACAAGGGUUCUAACAACAAUGGCGGCUGGCUGUUAGAAGAGUACAGUCUUCUUCCUAAUGUAGUUGCUGGCCCAAAGGUCGUUCUUUCCCGACUUAAAAGGAAUCUGAGGUCUAGGUGCGGAAACAAGAUGAAUUCCUCAAGUCCAACUCACGACUUCAAUGAGAAGCCACCGAUUAAGAGGGCAAGAAAAGAAGUAUCGAAUGAGAAGCCUCUGAUUAAGAGAAAGAGAGCAAGAAAAGAACCGGGUUCACAAAAACAUUCAAAUGUGAAUGUGAUCACCAAUACCCCUGCUGUUGUGCCUUUUGUUGGAACUGAAAGCAAUAUGAUUACUGACACUAGGUAUCAGGAUCAGGAGUGCAUAACCAACAUUAACGGCAAUGCGAAGCCGACUGAUUUCUCUGAUCAGGAUAGUGUGAUAUUGAUGAGUGAUGUUCCUUCUUAUCCCAUAUGCUUGGACGGCGAGACUAGCAAUCACGACCUGGGGUGCAUAAGCUACAUUAACGGAAAUGUGAUGCCCAUUCGCACUCAUAUUUCAGAUCAUGAAUAUGUGCCACUGAUGAGUGAUGUUCCUUCUUCUCCGGUAUUCUUGGGCGGCGAGGAAUAUCUUUUAGAUGGUGAAGCAGUGCGUGGAGACAUUAAAGAAUGUUUGACAACGCUUGAAGGUAAAUUGCCCCAGGAGUGGCCUCAAAUUGAUGAAUUCAGCCAACCGUUAGACGGGUUUAAUUACUGGACAGACUGUUUGUGGAUGAGCGAUUCUGUGAAUGAUCAAUAGAGGGACUUAGAGGUGACAGCAGCUGUCUAAUUUCCAUGGCGUGCAUAUAGAAGCACAGUUAUGAUCAGGAUAUAUUUUAUUUCCGUUCUUAGUAUAUAUGCUUUGAUUUCUUUUGGUUCAUUAGUUAAUUAAGAAAUUUGGUAUAGGUGUUUACCUGGGCCUUCUUCUCUGCCGUACUGAUCCAUUGCCUGCCUUUCAUUUUGCCGCACCUCAGGUCUCUACUGCGUUUCCCCCAGUCAUGUCUAUGUAUGAGCUUCUAGGAUCGUUUCCAAUUUUAAUGCACUGAAUGCUUUAUAAUACAUUCCUUUUCCACCCAAGUUUCUUACUUUCUUUUUAUUUUUAUUGACAGAAGGUUUCAAGGUUGAUGAUUUUAAUUACUAUACUAAAUUUGAAAACCAAAUUAAUGUUUUCUUUUCCUUUGAAUUACUCCCUCUGCAUAAGUGGCUUGUGAGCGUGUGCAUGUUCUGUGUAUUGUGCUUGAAUUUUGAUGGUAACAUGGUGUGUUAAGUGUUCUGUGUCAGUUUGUGAACGUGUUGAUAGUUUUGUUGACGAUAAGGACAAUUAUCAUGUUUCUUGCCACUGUUUUUAUGGAUUUUUUGUGGAAUGUAAGUUUUCUCUCUUUAAUUUUUAGUAUUCAUACCUUAGUCUAUAUUAGAUGUGUCACUUUCUGUUUUGGACCAGCAAUGCAAGUUUCUCGCUGUUGUCCUCAGUUGUGGUUUUGGACUGUUUUGCUUUUACAGUUCUAUUGGUCUUGACAUCUUGUCCAUAACUGAUUUUCUUUUUACUGUUCUUUGAUUUUCUAACUCCGCCUGUGUAAGUUUAUCUUACGCUGCCGGUCCCAAGCCCGGAUAAAGGAGGAGGGGGAGGGCGUCAGGUAGUUGACAACCGGCACUUCGUUUUCACGUCGAUUCCCUAUGAGUUCUUUAAUUUCUCUGCUCAACAGGAUGGUCGUGAUUCUAAAAAAUUGAAGCACUUUAUUCUUUCUUUACAAAUUGCAUCUCUUUAAGUACGAGGUAGGAUGCGGAGCUCACAUGCUGUUUCCUGUGUACUUGCAGUUCUUUUGGUGUAGAUUUCUUCAUCAUGUAGGACUAGUUUUUGAAGCUACUGUCUCUUAGGUUUUCAGUUUCAGUAGCUGUCCAUGUUUCUGAUAUUAUGUAUGUCGCAUUUGUGAGAGCAUGACAAUCCUCACAGCCCAUAUUUGACUGUCAUUUUGAUCAUUUGAAAGAAAUGCCUUCAACUGCAUUUCUGAUGUGUUUGGCAUGCAUAGAGACACACAAAGAUAAAUAAGUAAUAUAAAUGAUCUAAAUAUUCAAAAUUUGCAAGGGGCCAUCAAUUUCCUGUUUUACACGUCAGGUAUUAAGAGAGUACACCAUGAUGGUGAACAUCGCACUCAUAGGUUGUGAUUUUAGUUUCCUAUUCGACAUUAUUGACCUUCAAAUUUAUGUACAGUCAAGACGUAUAUAUUCCAAGGAGGGCCAAUGCACCUACCUUUUUCUGUUCCUCCCUUCGAUAGUAUAUUAUCUGCAGGGAAGUUUGUUAGGCGUCUGCCCUGCUGCACUGCAGGGUCAGAUAGAGAGGCAGUGAGAGAAAUGUAUGAUCUUUGAGAUUUGAUUUGGAGGCCUUGAUUGGAGAGUUUGAUCUCCUGCCUGAUCCUGCUGCUGCUGCUGCGGCCUCUGUUGCAGAUGAGAUCGAGACAGGGCUAAGAACAACAGAUGAAUGAGAUGAUUAUGAGGACUUGAUUGCAAAUAUCUUUGAUCGUAUUGGAGGAGAGAUGAUGCGUAGUGAGUACCCUAAUCAAGAUCAUGCACAAAUAAGAUUAUGCACACUUUGUUUGGUUAAUUUGUUGAAAAAUGUACAUGAAAUUAUUGGUUGUUUAUUUCAGUGACUCGUUUUUACAUCAUAUCCUGGAAAUGAAAAUUUGAUGAUAGGAUAUAUUUUUUCACAGCAUUCUUUUUUCAAAGAGAAUCUAAAAGAAGAAAAACAAGCCAUUUUCAAAGAGAAGGUAAUCACCC